AUGCAACAAGAUGAGCAUCCCAACGAGCCCGAAGAAAGACCGUCACAGAGCAGGCUGCGCCAGAAGGACCGCGCCGCCCGGACGAAAGCCGCGAGCCUUGAAGUCGACAAGAGCACGCGAGUACCCGGCACGAGAAAGCGAUCAGUAUCGCCUCGGUCGGAGAACGACAUGGACUCGAUCAAGAUCAAGAAGCAUUCGCAAGGCAGCAAGCCUGCCACGACGAGCAACGCCGACACGACGAACAACGUUGAGAAGAGCAGCACGCCGCCAAUCUAG